UUUGAAACAUUGGUUCUUAUGUUGUUGACCAAUACAAAAACGUUUUAGGUUCUGUUCUUCACUCCUUUCCGUUUUCACAACAAAACGCCACAGACACUGUCAAACUCCAAUCCUACACACUUUUCCCGUUUCAUCUUCUUCAAUUCUUCAACUCUCCAUCUCUUCUUCUUCUUCUUCUUCCCCUGAAACCGAACCAUCGUUGCGUAACGCUCACUGAUCCCAUCUUCACCUUCCUCGAACCUUCCCUUUGAUUUCUCACCAUCCAUCUGCACCUAACACUACCCAUUUGGCCACAAUCACCGAAUCCAGCUCCUUUCUUUGUCCCCUUGUUGCUUUUCCUAUAAAACUUCAAUCUUUUCCCAAACCCCAUUUGACACAGUAACGCGUUUAGUUGGUGAUGGCGGUGGAGGAAGAGGGUAUUGAGAUGGUGGCAUUGGAGUCUCUGGGUAAAGGGUUUGAUUUGGCCAGUGAUUUUCGGUUGAGGUUUGCAAAGGGAAUUCGUGAAGGGAGGGGUAGUAGUAGUAGUAGGAAGAGGUUGGUGGUGCUUGAUGAACAGAACAAGAGGGAUAUUUUGAUUCCUGGAGCUGGUGGAGUUACAAUCAAAGGUGUUUCUGAGAAUAUUCGUUGUGAUAAAGGUGAUCUUCUUCGCUUCAAGUCUGAUGUGCUUGAAUUCAACCAGAUGUCUGAGUUGCUUAAUCAGAAAUCAGCAGUGCAAGGGAAAAUCCCUUCUGGCUAUUUCAAUGCUCUGUUUGAUUUAAGUGGUGAUUGGUUUCGUGAUGCUGCUGAUACCAAAUAUCUGGCUUUCGAUGGGUAUUUCAUUUCACUUUACUAUCUGCACCUGACAGCUUCUCCAAUAGUCCUACAAGAAGAAGUAAAGAAGUCUGUUCCAGCUCAGUGGGAUCCUGCUGCAUUGUCUAGGUUCAUCCAGACAUAUGGUACACACUUAAUAGUAGGCAUGGCUGUUGGAGGUCAAGAUGUAAUCUGUGUCAAACAAAAACAUUCUUCAAAGAUUCCUCCUGGUGAUCUCAGAAGGCAUUUAGAGGAUCUUGGAGAUUUUUUAUUUUCAGAUGUAAGGAGCCCUCCUUUACUACAGAGGAAAGCGGCAGAUGGCAAACAGAAGGUUCCUGAGGUCUUUAAUCGUGUCAUGCAAUCAAACACUAUGUCAUUCACCAGCAUUUCGGAAACAUCGAGCAAGGAUGGCCUCACUAUCAUUUGCUCUAAAAGAGGAGGAGAUAUGCUCAAGCACAGUCAUUCGAGUUGGCUCCAGACUGUGCCAUCUAAUCCUGAAGCAAUCCUCUUCAAGUUUGUUCCUAUUUCCUCACUUCUGGCUGGAAUUCCUGGAAGUGGCUAUCUUAGUCAUGCCAUCAAUUUGUAUUUACGGUAUAAGCCUCCUGCUGAAGAUUUACAAUAUUUUUUGGAGUUUCAAAUUCCAAGGCAAUGGGCGCCCAUGUUUUGCGAGCUGCCUCUCAGACAUCAUCAGCGGAGGAAGUCUUCUUCCCCUUCCCUGCAAUUUAAUUUCUUGGGUCCAAAGCUUCAUGUCAGCUCUACACAGGUGUUAAGUGAACAAAAGCCUGUAGUUGGCCUCCGCCUGUACUUGGAGGGCAGGAAAUGUGAUAGACUUGCUUUACACAUACAUCAUCUUUCAAGUCUCCCAAAUAAGAUGAUCCUCUCUUCAGAGACAUCGACUCCAAGCAUGUGGCGAGGAUCUGAUGAUAAUGAAUCCAGUAACCAAUUCCUGGAACCAGUCAGAUGGAAGCGAUUCUCAAAUGUGUGCACAGCUGUGGUCAAGCAUGACCCUAACUGGCUGAACAGUUCAACAGGCGUUUAUAUAGUAACUGGUGCACAACUCGUCAGCAGAUGUAGUUGGCCGAAGAAUGUGCUUCACCUGCGUCUUCUCUUUACUAACAUACCCAAUUGCAGUAUCAGGAAGACAGAGUGGGCUGCUGCACCAGAGGCUUCAAGAAAAUCGUCUUUCCUCACAAAUUUGAGCACAACAUUUUCAUUCACACAGCAGAGCGCCACCUCCGGUCCACCUAAGCAGGCACCAGCCAUGCUUAACUCCGGAAUUUAUCCAGACGGCCCGCCGGUGCCGGUUCGCGCCGGUAAACUACUUAAGUAUGUGGAGGCAGCCGAGGUCGUGCGAGGUCCGCACGAUACUCCUGGGCAUUGGUUGGUAACAGCUGCUAAGCUUGUGACUGAGGGUGGUAAGAUUGGGUUGCAGGUGAAAUUUGCAUUGUUAGAUUACUGGUGAUUGAUCCAGCCUUCUACUCUAUCUCUAGCCAUAGUAAAGUAAUAUCAUUGAUUGUCAUGCCUUGUUGCUUGAGUUUUUCUGAAUAUGCAGAUUGCUUGUAUAUAUUUUUCCUAAAGGCUUUGUACAGGAGAGUAUACAAAUUACAAAAUGAGUGGUUGUUAACAUCAGGCAAUAGAAAGUGAAAAUUUGACUAUUCUGCUUA